CAGUUUCAGAAGCAUUUCCAUCCCAUUCCUGCCGAACACUUAGAAGCGAAAGGUUGAUUUAUUAAACAGUUACUGAGUUAAGAGAAAGAGUUUUGAUUGUGAAGUUUAUUAGAAGCAGUAAGAAAGCUCCUGUCAACUGAAAUCAGAAAGAUGUAUUGCCACAUAUGUGGAAAGGAAAGACGUGGAGAUGCCCAGUUUUGUGCAAGCUGUGGGACCAAGCUUGAUGACAUUGCUGCAGGGGAUUCAGGGUCAGUGAAGGAGAGGCGACCGAGUACAUGCUCAGAGCAAGAACCAACUUUGAGUUUGAAAGAAAGGCUCGAAGUCUUCAGAAUGAAGCAGCGUCCUCUACAAAGUAACACCAAAAGAGGAAGGAAAGAGUCCACUCACACUACUGGCAUUGUAAAGAAAGGGAAAUUUGAGCUUAGCGUCUUAUUUCUGGACGGUGGUCACCACAUCCUUAAAAGACUUUUCCCUUCACCAACUGGACCGACUGGGACUUUGACAAUUUCUGUCAGUGAAAAUUCUAAUUCAAGUGACUGGUUGAAGGCAAUUAGCAGCAAGUUCAUAAACACUUCAUUCACCCUAUGUACACCAUCUGGAUGUGGAUUCCAGGCCAUUGAACAACCAGUUGGGCUGGAAUUUGUGAGGGAUUUAAAGAAGGCUAAACACUACAAGCUUCUUCGUAUCUAUGUUCAAGCCGACACAAAAGGAAAGGCAAACUACUCACACCAUUUCACUUCAACAACACAGCCCCCCAUCAUCACCCUCAACAAACACUGAAUGCGACAGCAACACAAUACAACAGCCACAAACACUCAAAAGAAAACCCACAGCACAAGACACACAUCACACAUUGCAAUGUAUUAGACAACCCACUCACACCAUUUCACUUGAACUUGACAACACAUCAUCAUCGUCAUCACCCACAACAGAUUUCACAGAUUACAACACCAACACCACACAAGCACCAACACUCAAAAAGAAAACUACAGCACAAGACAUACACAACACAUUGCAACACUUUAGACAGCGCUCUCACACCGUUUCACUCGAAAUUGACCACACAUCAUCAUCACCCUCAACAGAUUUCACAGAUUACAACAUCAACACCUCACAAGCACCAACACUCAAAAAGAAAACCACAGCAAAAGACAGACACAACACAUUGCAACACUUUGGACAACCCACUCACACCAUUUCACUUGAACUUGACAACACAUCAUCAUUACCCACAACAGAAUACAACAUUAACACCACACAAGCACCAACACUCAAAAAGAAAACUACAGCACAAGACAGACACAACACAUUGCAACACUUUGGACAACCCACUCACACCAUUUCACUCGAACUUGACAACACAUCAUCAUCACCCACAACAGAAUACAACACUAACACCACACAAGCACCAGCACUCAAAAAUAAAACUACCGCACCUGACAGACACAACACAUUGCAACACUUUGGACAACCCACUCACACCAUUUCACUCGAACUUGACAACACAUCAUCAUCACCCACAACAGAUUUCACAGAUUUCAUCACCAACACCAUACAAGCGCCAACACUCGAAAAGAAAACUACAGCACAAGACAGACACAACACAUUGCAACACUUUGGACAACGCUCUCACACCAUUUCACUUGAACUUGACAACACAUCAUCAUUACCCACAACAGAAUACAACAUUAACACCACACAAGCACCAACACUCAAAAAGAAAACUACAGCACAAGACAGACACAAACAUUGCAACACUUUGGACAACGCUCUCACACCAUUUCACUCGAACUUGACAACACAUCAUCACCCACAACAGAUUUCACAGAUUACAACAUCAACACCU